AUGGCUGGCUCAAUUGGAAACAUGGCUAAAGUGUACAAGAAGAAUUUCACGUAUGUGCCUCCAGCACCGCCCGCGGAUCUCAUCGAUUCCACAAGCUACACACUCGACUUUGCAGCUCGUAAGUUUUUGAAUGUAGGACUUGAUCCUACGGACGAAUUCAACACCAUAGUGCAAAUAAUCACUCCAUCGCGGUAUAUUAAUAUGUCAGCCGACUUUCUAAGACAUAUAUUUUCACUGAUGGGAAAUAUAUUGUCGUUUAUUUUGGAUCAACCGCUAAAAUAUAAGCGAAAUUUAUUUCUGGAAACCGAAAUUAUUUCGCUGUCUAGUAUGGUGUAUCAAGGGGAAAAUAUGCUUGUCGUCGAAUCAAAUACACAAGCCGGAUGUCGAGUAUUGCUAAAUAGGACAGAUUUAAUGAAACUGAAAUAUUUAGAAUGGUGCGUUGUUGAAACAGUCGUUCGAAAGUCAACCAUCAUACGACCACUCGUCUUAAAACAGUUUGAGAUUAUUGGUAAUUAUUUGGACCAGGAAUUCACCAAAGUUGAUUCACCACCAAAAACACCCGAAGAAAUGAUCAUUUUUAUUAAAAAUUUUAGUGAUUGUAAAAUUAUUGGUUCCGCUCCUAAAGAAGACAUGAAUUUCAUCAGUCAACUUAAAAUGUUUGCAACAAGGCAAUUAGCUGAUCAAUGGUCACAGCGGUGGAGCGGUGAAAACUCGCCAGAGUUAUUCACUGAAUCCGAAAUGAGGCUCAUUUCACCCUUGUCGCCGCCUCAAUACUCGAGCAUGUCCCCAAUGUAUAAUGAUAAUGUUUUUGACCCUUCGCAGGCACAAGCAGCUGACGAGGAAACUUCUAACUGUUUUACGCAAAUAAACCCUACACAGGCGACAUGGGUACCAACCAAGUCAUUGCAUAUUGAUGAUUCUACCAGUAUACCACCAGUUAUCAUAGAUUCUACAGUACAUGAUUCGGACAAUUUUACACAGUAUCCCCUAUGGUAUAAUAACCGUGUAAAAUCUACUUCAACGAGUACUACACAGGCGACACGGGUACCAACCAAGUCAUUGAAUAUUGAUGAUUCUACCAGUCUACCACCGGUGAUCAUAGACACUCUUCCCCCAUACUUUGAUCCAGAGAAUUUCGCUCAGCCCCCUCCGUGGUAUACAGCGCCUGAAACGAGCACUGCAGUGGACGAAAACGACGGUCCAACGUAUUUAAAACACUCGCCAUCGAUUCUCGACUUCACAGGAGGCAAGCCCACGAAAAAACGGAACGCGAAACGCAAACUGUUUGAAUGA